AUGCCCGAAAGAAGGCCCUUCGUGCGGCUACCCACAGACGUUACACCCGUCAACUAUGGCUUGUGUCUGAAGCCCGACCUCAUUGACUUCACGUUUGAGGGGAAACUGGAGGCCGUGGUGGAGGUGACACAAUCGACAAAUCAGAUUGUGAUGAACUGCGCCGACAUCGACAUCAUCACCGCCUCGUUCUGUCCACUGGGAGCAGAAGAAAUUAACGCUACUGGUUUCAACUAUCAAAAUGAAGAUGAGAAAGUCACCCUGUCAUUUCCUAGUGCACUACAGAAAGGUUCCGGCACGUUGAAGAUAGACUUUGUAGGAGAACUCAACGACAAAAUGAAAGGAUUUUACAGAAGUAAAUACACAACAGCAGCUGGAGAGGUCCGCUACGCUGCUGUCACACAGUUUGAGGCCACAGACGCACGCAGAGCUUUCCCGUGUUGGGAUGAACCUGCCAUCAAAGCCACCUUCGACAUCAGCCUGAUCGUGCCCAAAGACCGCGUCACCUUGUCAAAUAUGAGACACCUCGACCUCUCAAGAAAUCCCAUAGAGUGGUGUCCGUGGUGUCUGGUCCACCCGGUCCUGCUGAAGCCACCGUGUGGAUAA